AUGUCUGUCAGAGCGAGAUCGCGGAGCAUGAAGGGGACGCAAGAAGAAGAAGAGGAGAAGCUGAUAGAGAGACCGGCGCCUCCGCCAGCCUUAGCCCAGCAAGUGCUGUCGGGGGCCUUCGGCGGCGCCGCCCACCUGGCCAACCUCCUCCCCACGGGGACCCUCCUGGCUUUCCAGCUCCUCACCCCCGUCUUCACCAACAACGGCUCCUGCGACGGCGUCACCCGCGCCAUGACCCAACUCCUUCUAUUGCUACUCGCAGCCUCCAGUUUCCUCGCCUGCUUCACCGACAGCUUCCCCUCACCGGACGGGAAGGUGUACCACGGUCUCGCCACCCCCAGCGGCAUGUGGCUCUUCGACUACCCCACCAUGUCCCCGCCAGCCCUCCCCGACCUUGCCGAGUACAGAAUACGGUUCAUAGAUUUCGUCCACGGGGUGCUCUCUGUCCUCGUGUUCGGGGUUGUCGUCAUGAAAGACAAGAAUGUGGUGGCUUGCUUCUACCCGCAGCCGGAGCACGAGACCCAGGAAAUUCUCAGCAUUCUCCCCCUCGGGGUGGGGGUCAUCUGCAGCUUGCUCUCCGUCGUCUUCCCCACGAGAAGACACGGGAUUGGAUAUCCGGUGACGAACCGGAGCUGA